UCGGCGAGGGCGCGGCGGCCGGGCAGCCCCCGGGCCGCGGUCUCCCCCUGGCCCGCAGCUCCAGCAUCCUCUCUGUGGGCUGUGCACCCACUGUGCACCCACCAUUUCACUGUGGACACUACUCCCUCUUACCGAUAUGGGAGACAUGGGCGAUCCACCAAAAAAAAAACGUCUGAUUUCCCUAUGUGUUGGUUGCGGCAAUCAAAUUCACGAUCAGUAUAUUCUGCGGGUUUCUCCGGAUUUGGAAUGGCACGCGGCGUGUUUGAAAUGCGCGGAGUGUAAUCAGUAUUUGGACGAGAGCUGUACGUGCUUUGUUAGAGAUGGGAAAACCUACUGUAAGAGAGACUACAUCAGGUUGUACGGGAUCAAAUGCGCCAAGUGCAGCAUCGGCUUCAGCAAGAACCGCUUCGAUCGCGCCCGCGCCAAGGUGUACCACAUCGACUCUGGGCGGCGGGGAGGGGGACCCCGGCCCCUGGCCCGCGCUCACGGCGCCCCUCGCCCCGCAGCCGAGCCCAUCUCCGCGCGGCAGCCGGCCCUGCGGCCGCACGUGCACAAGCAGCCGGAGAAGACGACCCGCGUGCGGACGGUGCUGAACGAGAAGCAGCUGCACACGCUGCGGACCUGCUACGCCGCCAACCCGCGGCCCGACGCGCUCAUGAAGGAGCAGCUCGUGGAGAUGACGGGCCUGAGCCCCCGCGUGAUCCGGGUCUGGUUCCAGAACAAGCGCUGCAAGGACAAGAAGCGCAGCAUCAUGAUGAAGCAGCUGCAGCAGCAGCAGCCCAAUGACAAGACCAACAUCCAGGGGAUGACAGGAACGCCCAUGGUGGCCGCCAGUCCCGAGAGGCACGACGGUGGCCUGCAGGCCAACCCGGUGGAGGUGCAGAGUUACCAGCCGCCGUGGAAAGUACUGAGUGACUUCGCCUUGCAGAGUGACAUAGAUCAGCCUGCUUUUCAGCAACUGGUCAAUUUCUCCGAGGGAGGACCGGGCUCGAACUCCACCGGCAGCGAAGUGGCCUCCAUGUCCUCGCAGCUCCCGGACACCCCCAACAGCAUGGUGGCCAGCCCCAUCGAGGCCUGAGGACACUCACCACGCAGAUGCAUUUUUUCCCUGUUGGAGACAGUGGGAGCCCAUCCCGUUGAACUCCGAAACACGAGUAUUUAACGACCCAGUCCAUGGAAACUGAAUUGAGGAAAUGAAUGCUCCAUGAAAUGCACGAAGUCUGUUUUAAUGACAAGGUAAUAUGGUAGCAACACUGUGAAGACAAUCAUGGGAUUUUACUAGAAUGAAAACAAACAACAAAGCAAAACCCGAACCCAACACACGCUAUCCAGUGACCUUAGGAGGACUGAGGAAAAAAAAAA